GGCUAUUCUACCUUCCCACGACGAAUUUCGAAACUUUUUGUUAGUUCUCGACAGCGCUCGAUCAGACAUCCCACUCAUCGACCAGCAGCGACCACGACAACCGCCACGAUGUUGAUCCCCAAGGCCGACCGCAAGAAGAUCCACGAGUACCUCUUCCGUGAGGGUGUCCUCGUCGCGAAGAAGGACUUCAACCUCCCCAAGCACCCCGACAUCGACACCAAGAACCUGUUCGUCGUCAAGGCCUGCCAGUCGCUCACCUCCCGCGGCUAUGUCAAGACCCAGUUCUCGUGGCAGUACUACUACUACACCCUGACCCCCGAGGGUCUCGACUACCUCCGCGAGUGGCUUCACCUUCCCGCCGAGAUUGUCCCCGCCACCCACAUCAAGCAGCAGCGCUCCCACGCUCCCCCCCGCGGCAUGCUCGGCGAGGGCGAGCGCGAGAGAAGACCCUUCGGCGGCCGUGGCCGUGGAGGUGACCGUGGUGACCGUGAGGGUGGCUACCGCCGCCGUGAUGCUGGCGAGGGCGGCAAGGAGGGUGGUGCCCCUGGUGGAUUCGAGCCCCAAUUCCGUGGUGGCUUUGGCCGUGGCCGUGGCGCCGCUCCCCCCUCGUAAGAGGAUUCUUUCCUAUCGGCUUUUACUCUCGAGACGCAUUGGCAGAAACAAAAAGGCACCGACAUGUACUCUAAAAAGUGGAUGGCCGGAACAGUCGCGCGUCUGUUAACGUCACAGACAACGGGGGAAACAUCGUGGGAGUUUGGAGGUUAGAUCCUCGGAAAUCGUUUGCAUCAAAAGGUCAUGAAUUGCAGCCUGCGGCUUUGUGCCGUUUCCUCCAAACUGUGAAACGUCCUUUUGUCCUUCUUACCACGCUGUGAUGAGCAAGCAGUGUCUGCCGGCUAGCACGUGGGGUGGUGCUGAAGUUGCGAGAGGCCACGUUCAAGACCCCUUCUGCAUGUCGAGGGCAGGCAAAGAUGAGAAAAAAGAAAUGAGAACAUGCGCAAAGCAUUUCUCAAGUCGAGGAUGGACGAGAAAGGGGUCCGUCUAUGAAGGAAUGUUGAGAGCCUGGGG